AUGGCCAAUGUGGUUGAUAUCAUUGUGCUGGAUGACGGCGAUGAUGAGGAAGGACCGUCCUGUUCCCCUAAAGCAUCCUUUUCCCCUAAAGCAAAGGAAAGUCCACCUGAGCCUGUGCCAGCACCUGAGCCGCAAAGCAGUGGAAAGAAAGAUGGUGGAACAGCCAAAACAAGGCCCCAAUGGGUGCAGAAAACCAAAAACUUUUUGAGGAGUUUGUGGACUACUGCUCCAAGUUAACAGCUGAACAUCCAGAGGUAAUACCCUUCCUUCAAAAAUGUUACUCCAAGACCAACGCUAGCUACCUUUCUUCUGUUGAGUUCCGCAACACCUUGGGUCGCUGUCUCACGCGUGUGCAGGGCAAGCAAACAAAGCUCUAUGUUUACAUCAAUGAACUGUGUACUGUGCUCAAGAAUCAUUCCGAGAAGAAAAAAGUCAGUCUACGAACGCUAGCUGCCACUCCACAGCGUGACAAGGUGGAAGUCGAAGACUCAAAGGAAGGGGUAGAAACUGAAAAUACAAAGGAGGAGGAAGAAGUAGCGAACGCAAAUGAGGAGGCAUCGGAAAAGAAAGCGGGAUCCAAGCAUCAGAUCCGACGCCUCGAGAACCUUUUGCGGCUUUACGCUCAGGAGAUUCAGAAGCUACAAGAGAAGGAGCUGUCUCUGGAUGAUAUGGAUGAUGAGGACUCGACCUACAUCCAGGAGUCAAGGCUGAAAACAAAAAAUGAUUCGCAUCUAUGAGAAACUGUGUGAGCUGAAGGACUGCUCUAGCCUCACAGGUCGGGUUAUAGAGCAACGGGUAGAGUACAAGGGCACCCGAUACAAAGAGGUCAAUCGCCGCCUGGAAAAGUUCAUCAAUAAAACCAGAGAUGUCUUCCCGGAUUACGGCGAUAUCCUUAAGGUGGUCCAGAAAGCCAGUGAAAGGCAUAACCUAGGCCUGACACGCAAGCAUGUGCAAAGUAUAGCACAGGAUGCUUUUCGGGACCUUGGGAACAAGCUGAAAGACCGGAGACAUUUGGACUUGGUGUAUAACUUUGGUUCUCAUCUGACUGAUUUCUACAAGAGUGGUGACGACCCUGCUAAACAGGACACAAUCCUGGCCCGACGUCUCUGUGAAAACCGCAGCUUGGCUGUAAAUCGCUUGGAGGAUGUCAUCAAAAAAUUUGCAGAGAUGCAAGAUGAAGGGGAAGAGGAGGAUUGGAAGAACAAGAACAAAGACAGCGAAGUGCCGAGUACUUCCAAGGGUGUCAAGGAUUCUCCAAGAAGCAAAAGCGCAAAAUCUCACAGUUCAGCUGAAUCUGAGGAAGAAGAAGAGGAUGAAGAAGAUGAAGAGUCGGAGGAAUCGGAUGUGGAUAUUGAAGAAGAGCUGAGACAAAGCCAGGAGGCGGCUGAUGAUGAAAAUGAUGAAGACAUGAAUGUCGACUACUUGAAUGAAACCGACCAAGAGAUGGGAGGAGGAGACAUCCGAUCCCCAGAACUCUUCUCCUGCUAGUAAGGAGGAGGGGGAGAAUGAAGACAGUGAGGAUUCCGAUCAGGAUGGAGAUGAAGAGGAUGAAGAGGGGUCAGAUAAAGAUGAAGACCAGGAUUUGUCCUCAGGUUCUACAUCUCUCUCACCUGAGAAGGAAGACCAGAGUACAAGCUUAGAGCUAGAGGUGGAGGCAGCUUCUCCUGCCUCUCCAUGUCUUAGCAAUGAUAGCCAACUGGUUAACCAGCCACAAGAGGACCAUGCUAAACAAGAGAAGGGCAAUGUGACCUCAGGUGUGGCUUCUGAGGAGGCAGAUUCUGGAAAUCAUGAUGUGGAGGAGAACUUGGAAAUGAGCGUUGUUGAAGAGGAUUUUGAUUGGGGGGAUGAAAAAAACACUGAGUUAGUAAAUGUGCCUUAUGAGGAGGCAAGAGCGCCUUCCAGCAAGGAGCAGGGUACUAGGAUGUGUACAGAAACAAAAAACAUAGUAACGGAUCCCAAGAGCCCACCGACAAGGGGAAAAGAGGGAAAGUCCAGUCGUUUGGACAAAUGCAUCAACAAAAUUGCAGGCAGUCUUGCUCACAAGGUUCCUAUCAGACCGGAGGAUUCGCCAUCUGUGGGCAGUGAGGAGGAGCGCUUCAGGCAUGUAAAUAACAAAAAGCUGGGUUCAGGGAGAUCAACAAGGACCAAGGAGCAGAGCAGUAACGGGAAGCUGGUCUGUAUAGAUACUCCUGGAGAGCACGGGGACUCUGUACGCAAGAUUGCAUUCAGCCACAGUCAGUCUUCAAAUAAAAACUCAGAAGUGGUGCAGUUGGAUAAUUGCAAAAGCAGCAUAUGCAGUGACACCAGCAACGGAGUUCACACGGCCGUGGUUAUGUCAUCCACUCCCAUAAAUCGUUUAAAACGGAAAAGAGACACGAGCACCCCUACAGACUCUGUUAUCACAGUGAAAGUUGAGGAAAUUGGUUCCAACAAAAGGAAAAGAAGCGCAGCGCACCUCACAGUUAUGGACUGGGAACGGAGUGGCAAAGUACAAAGCGGAAGAAAACGACACACAACAAAAACUCAGUGUUGCAAAACUCAACAGAACAAGCAGUACAUAUACUUCUUACUCCAGCCCUUCCGAGCCUUGCAGUGACAAUGAGCACGACAUAACACUAGACUUGAUGGUGACCUGCAGCCCACAGGUGACCCCGAACAAGACCCCGUCCCGACAAAAGACUGAUGCUGCCACGCAGUGUGACCCAGAUGAGGUGAUCGUUUUGUCAGACUGA